AUGGCUCAUCCACUUCUUAUAAAAAUUUUAAACGUAUUAGCUUACAUUUUUCUUUUGAGUGCAAAUAUUUAUUCUGUUUUUGAAGGCAACAAGAGUAAUUCUCCUUAUCAUGAAGCCCACAAAACUUACAUCUCUCCAGCUCCUUUUGUUUUUGGCGUUUGGGGUCUUAUUCACUUCUUGUUAGGAGGUUUCGUUAUUUAUCAGUUCUUUCCUGGGGAGAAUGAAGUCGUUGUUGAAGGUAUCAACUGGCACUUUAUCGGAAUCUCACUACUUAAUGCUUUGUGGUUAGCUUUAUGGGAGGCCAAUUGGUUAAUUAUUUCAUUCAUUGCCAUUUUAUUCACCUCCUUCCAAAUUUCCUACGUCUAUGGUGUACUCAAAAAGCAAGACUAUGCACCUAAAAAUUUGAUCGACCAACUUUUGAUUAAUGUCCCUUUCUCUUUAUAUCAUGCAUGGAUCGCCGUGAUUCUAACACUUAGCUUUUUCGCCAUCGUCACUCCUGAAAAAACUAAUGAGGAACCAAUCCUUCUUGUUAAAAUUGUUGUUGUAAUCGCGUUACUUAUACUUAAAAGUUUAUCAGCUACAUACAUUGAAGCAGGCGAUGAUAUUUCUGGUGCUAUCGUCAUUGCUUGGACUUUGAUUGGUAUUUUUGUCGAGCAAGAAGAUUUAGUUAUCCAUUGGACUGCUCUCGUUCUUGCCGUCUUCUCAAUUCUUCAUAUCAUCAAAGGUAUUAUUUUCCUUGUUAUUCGCAGAAACAGAACAGGCGGAGAAUACACCGCAUUGAAUAAUCCUUGA